AUGACUCUACUCCAAUUUUUACGACAAGCCCGCCAAUUACACCUCCGAUUCCUCUCGGGUGCCCAGUCUGAGCCUCCAAUCUAUGUAAUUGGCAAUCCCUCCGCCGAUCUUGACUCCAUCGUCUCGGCGAUCAUCUACUCCUACUGCGCGAACAACCGGCUUCCGAUCAAAAGCCCACGACCACAUAUCCCACUCUUAAACCUGCCCAAUUUCCCCGCCGGUACAGAGUUGUAUAGACUAAGACCGGAAUUCUCAGCUGCACUAUGGUCAUCAACCAAUUGCCCCUCUCUGAUGAGUGAAGACCAUUUCGAGAACAGCCUACAGUCUGCAGGGAAUUUCCUACGCGAACAUGUCAUGACCGUCGCGGACUUCGCGCAAUCUCUCGAAGACAAGCAUGUGUGGAAACAGACACUCGUCGAUGCAACGCUGGUAGACUGGAACGCAUUUCCGCUCCCCUCCAUCGAUAAGGGCUCCGGAUCCCUAACCGGGUUGCCGAGUGUCUCAUUCCGGACUGUCGGAUGUAUCGACCAUCACAUUGACGAGGACUCCAUGCCAAGCAUUGACGAAGUACCAGAAGGCCAGCCGAUGAUUAUUCAGCCAGGACCUGGGUCAUGUGCCUCGCUCAUUACGCGCGAAUUGCAAGAUCGGAAACUCUGGGACGCGACCCCGGAGAUGGUGCAGGUUGCAAAGCUUGCUCUUUCGGCGGUGCUGAUUGAUACGUCGAACCUCACUGCGGAAGGCAAAGUGACCGAUGUAGAUCGUAUGGCUGUUGAAUUCCUGACAUCUCAAAUCGAGGGGGAAACACAAACGGCAAUGGAUGCAAAGGGCGAUUGGAAUUUGGAGGCGUUCUACAAGAGCAUUCUUUAUGCCAAGAAGAGUAGUCUCGAUCUUCUUACUAUGGACGAAAUAUUGGACCGCGAUUAUAAAGACUGGACUGAGACUUCACAGUCUUCGGGGAAGACCGUGAAAAUGGGCUUUUGCUCUGCCGUCAAGCCCAUGCGAUGGAUUGUACAGAAGGCGGGUGGUCCAGAGAAGUUUAUCGAUGCCGUGCGCUCAUUCGCAGCUUCCGCUGAGAAGGACUUGGAUGUGCUUGUUAUUAUGACGGCGUUUACAGGUACUAACGACAAGUUUUGUCGCGAGCUGUUUGUCAGUGUGAUGCGUGACAAUGAAGCGGCUGACAAGGGUGUCAAGAGAUUUGUUGAGCAUUCCUCUCACCAUCUUGGGCUCAUAGAAUGGUCUCCGCUCGAUGAGGAGGAUAUCCCUGAGCUGACAGGAGAUUGUCUUUCUACAUUGAAUGAGGAAUCACCCCUCUGGAGGAGGCUGUGGGUGCAAACCCAUGCGGCCGGCAGUAGGAAACAGGUUGCGCCGUUGUUCCGGGCAGCAGUAGCAAAAUUAUAG